AUGCUUGUUGAGAUCGGCUGGCGCAUGCGAUUCGCAGCAUGGUACCUGGUUUUCGGUGCGGCUCAUGAGCUGAGUCACGUCUUUGCUGGGCUGAUGCUGGGCUGCUCGCCGAAGAUGAGCUGCUCCAAUCUCCUUUCCAUACUUCUGUUCCGGCAAGUGCAAGUCAAGACCUCAAGGGUCUGGCAGGAGGUCGCCAUACGACACGCUGGCUGGCUGGCGUCUGUGUUCAUCGCCGUCGCAGCGUGCACCGUCUAUGACAGCACAGUGCGCUGCGCGGCCAUCCUGACAGCAGCUGAGGCUUGCUUGUCAGAUCUUUUUCGAUUGGAGAGGCGCCAGGAGCGUAGGACGGAUCUAGGUCCGCGGGAUGGCUGGUUUUGGUGUGGCAAUUUCGGGUUGAUCCUCCUCAAUGGAGCCUGGGCAGCCACGCCGGAGCCGAUGAAGGACAUCUUGGAGAAGAUGGCUGAGGUGACAAUGGUACGAGGUGCCCAAAGUGGCGGUGUGCUGAGCUAUGUCAUCAACAACAACAUCUUCAGAUCAACUGGGUCCGACCACUGGGAUCUCGUGGGUCUCCGUGCACGGGUGGUGAAUCAAAAGCGCACCUGCCUUUCGGAACUCUUGCGAAGGAAGCUCGAUCGUGCGGAAAGGUGGGCUUGGUUGUGCCGUCAGAAAUUCGUCGGAGCUGGACGCCUCUAUGUCGGCCACACUCGCUUCGCCACUAGCUCGAAGUCCACAUUGGAUGGAGCUCAUCCGCACCAGUGGUCGCCUCCACAGAUGUAUGAGGUCUACACCGGCUUUUCGGAAAACAGGAUUCAGAAGAGCAGGAAAAACAUGGAGAUCUUCGUCACGCACAACGGGGACUUCGACUUCUUCGAGUUCGCAGGUCAGAUGCACGAGCUGGCAGCAGUACAGGCUUGGCUUGAGCGAGUGACGUGGCAUGCGAAGCCGUCCGACGUGGACUCUGCGGCCAUCGCUGGGGUCCUGGAGCUUCUACGCGUGCAGGGAUGCUUCGCGCUGAGUGCCCGCUACGGCUUCCUUUUCGGGCCGUGCUGGUUGGACCUUGACUGCGAGGUGCCGACGCGCAAGUGCUGUGAGCAAGUUGGAGCGAUCAUGGAUGCCGUGUUGCAGAAAUACCUGAAGAAGGGCCUUGAGUUGGACCAGCUGAACAUCAAGCGCCGAUGCCUUUAUGAAGACUGCAGGACGAGUUUGGAGACGUCCGCCCUCAAGCUUCCCUUGAAAGGACGGGAUUUGCAGCAGAUGGUCCGAUGUGCCAUAGAUGCUUUCUUCGACAAUGACCUACUUCAGGCCACCCGACUUUUCAUGGCCCGGGCUCGGGGAUCCUUUGGCCUGUGCAUCACCUGUUCCGUCGAUGCACACCGCCAGAUGAUUCUGGCAGCAGGUGGCCAGUCCAUGUCAGUGGCCUUCUACCCGCGAACGGGGGUAGUGCUCUACGCCUCCGAGCAGGCCGCAGUCAAAGCGGCCGUAGGUGCACCUCUGACUUUAUCAGUCAUUUUUGUGGUCUCGAAUGAGGCCAGACAGAUGCGGUUUGGGAUCGCCAGUUCGAGGGCCUGA